GGGGGUAACUAAAAGCAACAGCUUUGUUUCUAUCCAUUUGAAUAAUGUAAAAGUUUUCCUACCUUAUAAAUAAUAUUAUAACGAUAAAAAACACUGUAAAAAUUAAAGGAAUCAUUAUGCUAGAAUAAAUAGAAAAUAUCCUAAAAUUUAUAUUUGUCGCGUUUAUACUGACGGAUUGUUUUUCUCAAAAGCUUGCGUAGUUUAACGGUUACCUUGUAUGGAAUAAUACUGCAUAUAUUUCAAUUGUGCGUAAAUUUUUGAAAGUUUAAAGAAAUGUAUGAUGAUAGUAAUAAUACAAAUAAAGAUACUUUUCCAGAACCUCGAAAAAAAUUUUGGCUGUGACAUUUUCUAAUGUUACGAAUUAGCGAACAAGAAAACGACCAAAAAGUGAUGCUAUCAGUAUCAAUUCAAUGGACAUAUCUAUUGAAUCAGAUGUAAUAAAAAAGAAAAAGAGAAGAAGGAUUACAGAAGUGGCCAGCAGCAUUUUUUCUUCUUCUACUUUAAGUAAUAAACAAGGAAAUAGUAUUCAUAGAUCUUUCACAAUUCAAUCAAAUGCAACAGACUUAUCAUUUGUGAAUAAUGAAAUAGAUACAGGAACAUUAAAAAUAAAACACAAGAAAAGUAUUGAAAAUUCUAAUAAUUUUACACUUAGAAGCUGGGUAGUUGACGUGGCAAAUACAAGUACUAAGGAUAGACCUAACUAUGUUUUAAAUAGAAAAGAAGUAAAAAAACAAGAAGCAAUUUAUGAAUUGUAUUGUGGAGAAAAUGUAUUCAUUAAUGAUUUAUGUGUUCUCAAAGACUUUUAUUAUGAGCCACUAAUAAACAGUAAUAUUUUUACUCCUGAUGAAUUAAAUAUAAUUUUUGGAGAUAUAACAAAUCUUAUUGAAAUACAUAAUAGAUUAAAAGAUGAAUUAAUUGAUUUAAGAGAUAAAUAUGGAUUUACAGAAACUGUUGGAUCUACAAUAUUAAAUUGGAUUCCAAUAUUAACAAAACCAUACUUAGAAAGAUGUAGAACACAAAUAUGGGCAAAACAUUUAUUAGAUGAAAAAAGAUUAACAAAUAAACGAUUUCAAUCAUUUUUAAAAAAACGUUUAGAAUCUCCACAUUCUGUAGAUUUAUGGACUUACAUAGAUGUAGCAAGAUCAAGAAUUGUUAAAUAUCCUUUAUUGAUUAAAGAAAUGCUAAGGCAUACUGCAGCAACACAUAUAGAUCAAACAUAUUUAAAAGAAGCAUAUGAUUUAAUAUGCAAUCUACUUAAAAAUAUAGACAAAAUUAUGGGAGAUGAGGAAUGCAAGUUGGCUCAAUCAAAAAUUAAUAUAAAACCAGAUUAUGAUCCUACUAAAUGUAUUAAAAAUGCGACAGAAUUAAUUACUCAAGGACAACUUAAAGAUAUAAGGGGAAUGAAAUUUCAGUGUUUUCUUUUUGACACGGCUUUUGCAAUAACUCGUGGUACAAGAUCUAUAAGUAAGAAGUAUAACUUAUUUUAUCCCGUUAUACCUAAAGAGCAGAUUUGCAUAAGUACAGUUGAAAAAUCUGAUGUAUCUUAUGGAUUUAAAAUUGGAGAUCAUAUUUUAAUAACUGAAGAUGACCAUGGAAAAAGACAUUGGAUUGAUUCAUUUAAUAAAAUUUAUAAAUGCAGUAUUAAUUCACUAGAAAAUGUAAUUAAUAUCAAUGAAAAGGAAAAUGAAGAAAUUUUGACUCCAUCAAAAAUAAAUCGAUCCUCUAGAUUGUCUAUAAAUAAAAUAAGUGAAAAUCAUCUUUCAUUAACAUUAAAGAGGAGUUUUUUAAAACGCAAACGUAGCAGCAUUGGCUUUGUUUAAACAUUAUAAUAUAAUUUUAAAUUUCAUUUUGAAUUAUUUCGUUAUAUUCAAUACUAUAUACCAUACUAUAUAUAAAUAAA